UGAUAUUGUGCAAAAAUGACGUUAAAAAAUAAACCAGAAGAACCGAAGAAGGAAAAAGCGGAGCCUGCCCCAGCACCCAACGAUGAUCUAUCGGAGGAAGACAAAAAACUUCAAGAAGAGCUCAACAUGCUUGUUGAGAAGCUUGUGGGAAAUGAAGUCGAUCUAUAUUUUCCGGCACUGCAAAUGUUGAGCAACCUUAUUAGGACAUCUACAACAUCAAUGACAUCAGUCCCUAAACCUUUGAAGUUUCUCAGAGAGCACUACCCUGCAUUGAAGCAAGUGUAUGAGAAGAUCAAAGAUCCUAAAACAAAGAAGUUCUGUGCCGAUGUAGUUUCAGUACUUGCUAUGGGUGUCAGUGGCUCUGCAGAUGCUGCAGAAAAGAGGGAAUGUUUGAAAUACUGUCUUCUUGGAACCAUGUCAAAUGUAGGAGAUUGGGGUCAUGAAUAUGUCAGGCAAUUAGAAGGUGAAAUAGCAGAAGACUGGAAUGUAGACAACAUGGAGACACUGCUCCCAUUAGUGAAAGAUGUGGUAUCGUUUGACAUGAAACACUCAGCUGAGAUCCAGGCAUGUGAUUUAUUGAUGGAGAUUGAUCGCCUUGAUUUGCUUACACAACACAUGGAUCAAAGCAACUAUCCUAGAGUCUGUCUGUAUUUGAUUGGUUGUGCCAGCUACGUGGUUGAGCCUGAGUCAACUCAAAUUCUGCAAGGUGUGCUGGACACAUACCGGCGUUUUGGAGAGUACCCUCGCGCUCUAUUAGUAGCCAUGCAGUUGCACGACAAAGCUAAGUGUGAAGAGGUCUUCAAUACUUGUAAUGAUCCAUUGAUCAAGAAACAGCUCUGCUAUAUGUUAGCGCGGCAGUACAUACCUCUGGAGCUGGAUGACGAAGAUCUUCGCUCCAUUCUUCUCAAUGCACACAUUAAUGACCACUUCCUCAGCCUAGCUAGAGAGCUUGAUAUCAUGGAACCUAAAACUCCAGAAGAAGUGUACAAGACGUGGCUUGAGUCCGCUGGGUCGGCUCUUCGUCCUUCUCUCCUUGCGGAACACCCAGUUGAUUCAGCCAGACAGAAUCUAUCCGCGACGUUUGUCAAUGCGUUCGUCAAUGCCGGCUUCGGCCGCGACAAGUUGGUCACCACUGAGGAUGGCAAUAAAUGGAUGUAUAAAAACAAGGACCAUGGCAUGUUAUCAGCAGCGGCAUCUCUUGGUAUGAUCCAUCUGUGGGAUGUGGACGGCGGUCUAACCCCCAUCGACAAGUACCUGUACACUGCCGACGAGCACAUCAAGGCAGGCGCGUUACUCGCCCUUGGGUUGGUCAACUGCGGAGUUCGCAACGAAUGCGACCCCGCGCUGGCUCUGUUAUCUGACUACGUACUGCAUUCCAGCUCCAACCUUAGGAUUGGCAGUGUUUUGGGUCUGGGCAUAGCGUAUGCGGGCACGCAGCGCGCGGAUGUACUGUCGCACCUGCUGCCGGUGUUGUAUGACACGGCGGCGCCACCCGAGAUCUGCGCCCUGGCCGCCAUCUCCUGCGGACUUAUCGCCGUCGGAUCCUGCAACGGGGACGUCACUUGUGCCAUCAUCCAGCGCUUGAUUGACGACAAUAAGGACCUUCACUCUUCCACUUACGCGAGAUUCCUGCACUUGGGUCUUGGAUUGUGUUUCUUAGGCUGCAAAGAACGCACAGAGGCAACAAUGGCAGCGCUAGAAGUUCUACCGGAACCGCAGCAAUCGCUAUGCCAGACAACGCUCUCGAUGUGCGCAUACGCCGGCACUGGUGACGUACUCGUCGUGCAACAGAUGCUGCACAUAUGCUCUAAACACUACGAGACUGACAAUGAACAAUCAUCAACUGAAGACACCGCAUUCAAGAAGACAGACAAGAAGGAUACUAAAGAAGGCACUAGCACUGCGGCGGGUACCUCGAAAGACGACAAAAAUAAGAGCAAGUCAAAGGAUAGCAAAAGCAAGGAAAAGGACAAGGAAAAGGAAGCCAAUAAAGAGCUGUCGUCGGUACAAGCCGUGGCCACUCUCGGUGUGGCCGUUAUCGCUUUCGCAGAGGAGACUGGCGCCGAAAUGUGCACACGUAUCUUUGGACAAUUGGGUCGUUACGGCGAACCGGCAGUACGCCGCGCAGUGCCAUUAGCGAUUGCGCUCUGCUCGAUCUCCAACCCGCAACUGUCUGUCAUCGACGUACUCAACAAGUACUCGCACGACUCUGAUAACGAUGUCGCGUAUAAUGCCAUUUUCGCUAUGGGCCUGGUCGGUGCCGGUACUAACAAUGCGAGACUGGCGACAAUGCUGCGUGCGCUGGCCCUGUAUCACGGGAAGUCGCCUGUGCACCUGUUCAUGGUCCGGCUCGCGCAGGGCCUGUGCCAUGCGGGCAAAGGCACGGUGACGCUGUGCCCCGCACACGCGGAUAAGCGGCUCGUCAACCAGCCCGCGCUCGCCGGGUUGCUCGUCGUGCUCACCGCCUUCCUCGACUGCAAAAAUAUAAUCCUAGGCAAAUCGCACUACCUUCUAUAUGUGUUGGCGACGGCGAUGCAGCCACGCUGGCUAGUCACCCUCGACGAGAACCUGCAGCCCCUCAAUGUCAGCGUGCGAGUUGGACAGGCUGUAGACGUAAUCGGCAAGGCUGGUACCCCAAAAACAAUCGCAGGUUCACAUACGCACACGACGCCAGUACUGCUAUCAUUUGGUGAACGAGCAGAGCUCGCCACAGAUGAAUACAUCCCUCUUUCACCGGUUAUGGAGGGUUUUGUCAUAUUGAAGAAAAAUGAAGACAGCGUCAUGGCAUCUAUUCAGUAGAUAACUAGCGUAUUUUAGAGAUAAUUAACGUAUUCCUACUAGUUUGCUUGUUCAUUAAGCGAUGAUAAAAAAAUGGUUGCGUUACUAUUCAUACUACCUACUACAGUUACACAAUUUGCAUUGAAAAUCGUACAUCCUAAAGUGCAAAUAUAAUAGUAUUUAUUUAAACAUACAAUUAUCUGGGGACUCAGGAUGCUUUAUACUGUUCACAUUUUUGUAACAUUAUCGCUUAUUGAACAAACAAUUUAUUCAAAUGUCUGUAUUAAAUAUAAAACUUUUAAUAAAAAUGAUGUCGUAACUUACAUCGCGUUUUAAUGCUACUUACGCUAAUAGCAAUUAGCUACGUCUACAUUUACACAACCGUUACUUAAUGAAUGUAGGGUAAUGUUUACCUA